AUGCUGCAAUCGUGUGUUUUCGCCGUCUUCCUGGCGAUCCUGGCCCUGUUCGGGCGUGCUUCGGUGGCCAUUGAGGCCAUUCCCCACGACAAGAGCUGCCGCCCGUUUCAGGACAGACCCCUGAAGCUGCUCUGCAAGGGGACCUACACCAACGAUAUCUUCCUGAGGUACCAGGACAGACUGGCCGCCAUAAAUGGCCCAUACAAGAUAUUUUACCACAGGCAAGGAGGAGCCGUGCUCCUGCUGGUUACCUUCAACCACUCCCCGCUGCAGUGGUGCAACAGCUCGAUUUCGAUCGACGCGGAUCUGGACUUCUUCUGCGGCGACAGCCGUAGCCCUCUCCCGUUGUCCGGCUCGAUGAUCUACUGCCGCAUAUACCAGAUGAGCUACAUAGCCGAUCUGAUGUACGAGUGCACCACCCCGAAAAUCCGCAACUUUCCCCUUGAGAACGGUUUCACGGCGGUGCACUACGCGGCGAUAUCCCGCUGGAGCGGGUCGCGGGACGAGCUCGAGUACGGAGUGGACCUGCCCUCGGGCCAGGGGGGCCUUACCUUUCUUGCGCCUCUGCUGCUCUGGCCGACACUUGCCACACUCUCGAAUUGAUUUGCCUGUCAGACACACACACACUCGUAAUCGCAUAAAGUUCGAAAUUUAAGUUGGUUCAAAA